UUGUCACAUUAUUGGAAAAAUCGGGGACAUUCAAACACGUUUUUCCCUAGAAUCAUAACAUAAACUGGCAUAAAAUCUUUUGUAUAAAACGUUUUGCUUUUUGCAUAAAACUUAAAAAUCUGCUUCAUUUACUUUUUGCAGGGAUGGCAAAGUCUGACGAAAAGCCAACUCUGAGGAAAGGUCCAUGGAGUUCCGAAGAAGACCACAAAUUAAUAGCUUAUGUUACUAGAUAUGGUAUCUGGAAUUGGACAGCAAUGGCCAAAGCAGCAGGGUUGCAAAGGUCCGGGAAGAGUUGCAGACUUCGUUGGAUGAAUUAUCUAAGGCCUGGAAUUAAGCGUGGAAAUUUCACUAGGGAAGAAGAGGAAACCAUACUUGAUUUGCAUGAAAGGCUUGGAAAUCGAUGGUCAGUGAUUGCAUCAAGGUUGCCUGGAAGAACUGAUAAUGAGAUUAAAAAUUAUUGGCAUACACGCUUAAGCAAACGUUUGAGACACAACUUAGUGCCGAAAAGUGGACCUUUCCAGAUACCCAAUGUUGAAACCGAACAGAAGAGCUCACCCGAAAUUGCUCUCCCACCUGCCAUUGCUAUAAAAGAAUCAAAUGUAGAAACCUCUGGUGCAAUCCAGCUGCCUUUAUCAAGCUCCAACCCUGCAAUGAAAAUUGACGAAAGCCAAACUAAUUGUUCAUUCAAAGCAUAUGGAGGACUUCAAAACAUAUUUGAGCAGACAUUCACUGCAGAAGGAUCAUACAUAGUGGAGAAUUCUAAAGCCAUUUAUUCAGUACCUGGAGUUUCUACUGCUACCUCUCAGCUAGCGAGGUUCCAGUACCAGGGUAAUUCCUGUACUGAUGUUUGGCGUAAGUUUUUAACGAACGAAAUCAUCUAUGGAGGCUAAUAAUCUCUCGGGCAAUCUUUGAUUUGUAGAGCACUUGCUUGUUGGACAUGAUUGUAGCUAAACUAAUGGUUUGAACUAUUGGCAUUGGCAUUGAAUUUGGAUGAGUUCUUACUCUUUAAUUUCCAUGUAUGUUCAAAGAUUAUUGCUUCAUUAUCGAGUACCGGCAAAACAUUAGGUGAAAGCUUCACUCAAAUUGCCUUUUCUACGAAUUAAUGGUGGAAAAAUAUCUAGCAAUAGGUUGUGCUUUCCUUUGUUAGAAUACGGUUUGUAACAAAUAAAAAUAAAUUAAUAAAGGGGUUUUUAU